AUGCUACUUUUUGCCAUCAUCUCUGUCAUCUUCUUCACUGCACUGUUGGCCAAUGGGGUUAUGAUCUUCCUGAUCCAAACAGAUUUGCACCUUCAUACUCCCAUGUACUUCCUCCUCAGUCACCUUUCCUUGAUUGACAUGAUGUACAUUUCCACCAUUGUGCCUAAGAUGCUGGUUGAUUAUCUGCUGGAUCAAAAGACCAUUUCCUUUGUCGGGUGCACAACUCAACACUUCCUCUACCUUACCCUCGUGGGAGCUGAAUUCUUCCUUCUGGGCCUCAUGGCCUAUGACCGCUAUGUGGCCAUCUGUAACCCUCUGAGAUACCCCAUCCUCAUGAGCCGCCGGGUCUGUUGGAUGAUUAUAGCAGGUUCUUGGUUUGGGGGCUCUUUGGAUGGCUUUCUCCUAACCCCCAUCACCAUGAGCUUUCCCUUCUGCAAUUCCCGGGAGAUUAACCAUUUCUUCUGUGAGGCACCGGCAGUCCUGAAGCUGGCAUGUGCAGACACAGCCCUCUACGAGACAGUGAUGUAUGUGUGCUGUGUUUUGAUGCUGCUGAUUCCUUUCUCUGUCGUCCUCGCUUCCUAUGCCCGAAUCCUGACCACAGUUCACCGCAUGAGCUCCGUGGAAGGCAGGAAGAAGGCCUUCACCACUUGUUCCUCCCACGUGACUGUGGUGUCUUUGUUCUACGGGGCUGCCAUGUACACCUACAUGCUGCCACACUCUUACCACACACCAGUCCAGGACAAAGUUCUCUCUGUGUUUUACACCAUUCUCACGCCCAUGCUGAACCCCCUUAUCUACAGCCUUAGAAACAAGGAUGUCACUGGAGCUCUGAAGAGGGCACUAGGGAGGUUCAGGGGUCCUCAAAGGGUGUCAGGAAGUGUCUUUUGA